AAGCAAACACAGGUGUUGUAAGCGCUUUGCAGAACAGCUGUUUUGUACUGUGAGUAAACUGUGGAAGUGAAAAGGGGACAAUCUUUGCGUUUCCAAUAAAGCACAACACUUAAGAUGGCUGCUGAGUGUCCUCUGAGAUCUGAGGUGACAGAGCUUCACAGGAGAGUCAAUCAGGUGACAGAUGAGUCCCUCGAUAUCACCAGAAACAUGAAGCUUUUGUUAGAAGAGAGCAAAGAUGCAGGGAUCAGGACGCUAGUCAUGCUAGACGAACAAGGCGAGCAAUUGGAGCGGAUUGAAGAGGGCCUGGACCAGAUAAAUCAGGAUAUGAGAGAAGCUGAGAAAAAUCUCACAGACUUAGGCAAAUGUUGUGGCCUGUGCUCAUGUGAUAAGCUGAAAAACCUUGAAGCAAGUGAAGCCUAUAAGAAGGUCUGGGGUAAUAAUCAGGAUGGUGUGGUAUCUAGUCAGCCUUCAUCACGUAUUGUGGAUGAGCGAGAGAAAAUGACAAUGAGCGGUGGAUACAUCAGAAGAGUGACAAAUGAUGCACAGGAGGAUGAGAUGGAGGAAAACCUGGCACAUGUGGGCAGCAUCCUUGGCAAUUUAAGAAGCAUGGCACUUGAUAUGGGCAAUGAAAUCGAUACACAGAAUGUGCAGAUUGAACGUAUACAGUCUAAGGCUAUUGCCAAUGUUUCUCGCAUCAGUGAGGCCAAUCAGAGGGCUAACAAACUAAUAACGAGGUAAACUCCGAAGAGCGAUUGUCAUUUGCUUAGAUUUUUUGUUAGGAAUUCAUAUUUCUUCUGCCACAGUGAAUGAAUCAGGGUUGAUUUAUUUUCUUUCAAAAACUAGUGACAUUUUAUGUUAAUUCAGUUUUCAUCAUCAUAACCGUCUGGCCCGUGGCCAACAGCUAUCAGUGUCUAUAUUGAAAGGUACCAGUUCAGUUUUGUCAGUGCUUUUCUGUGACCCUUUAAUAGUGAAAAUAAUUAAAAGAAAAAAAUGUUGCAUCUUUUCCAAAAUGGUUUGUAAAGGAAUUUUCUAUUUCAAGAAAAGGUGGGAAAGGACAAAUUAAAAUACUUAUUACUGUGUUUUAAAGUUGUAUUUUUUCAGCAUUUUAAUAACAGUGAAUAUAUUGGUAAAAAAAAAUGUGGAAAGACUAGAUUUCUACAUGAACUCAAUAAAAAUGUGAACAGUCAGUAUAGCCAGACUAAUCCUAGUCAUUCUGAACAGAGCAAAGUGCAGACUCUAAAUAAGACCUGGUUUGUGAAAAAAUUCUAAAGCUAAGAUUUUCUUAUCUAGGUGUAAGAGUUCUCAUUUAAUGACGAUAAUGAUCUCAUUCAUUGUGCUACAAUACUGUAUGUGAAACUCAACCUAUACAUAUCAUGAAUGUUUAGACAUUCUUAUUUGCACCUUCCUGUUUUGCUCACUGAUGAUAAGUCAUCGAUCCAUGACACCCCUUCCUAUUUUGUAAGAAUUAAAAGCUUUAUUGGUGUGAUUAAAACAAGUGAUUGAGAUACUGUUUGUUAUGAAAUGGCCAGUUUUUGGAGAAAAAGAAUUUUGAGGAAUAAAGUAUUUUGUUGUUUUUGAUUCCAUUU